AUGAUCCUUAAGGAAGAGACCGUACUGCGCAAGACGAACGCAGAAAACUUAGCUGCGGUGCGUAACCUCAACUUAUGGGGUGAAGGUCUUACGGACGUGUCUAUAGUUUCUCGGUUACCGAGAAUAGAGGUACUCGCUCUCGCCGCGAACAAACUCACCACGUUGAGCCCAUUCGCUGCCUGCACGCAGCUGGAAGAACUAUAUCUGAGGCGGAACAACGUUGCAUCGAUGUUGGAGAUUAAAUAUCUUCGUCAUUUACCCAAGCUACAUACACUAUGGCUCAUGGAUAAUCCAUGCGCUCGGCACCCGCAUUACCGUCAAAUUGUUAUACUGUGCUGUCGCCACCUCCGUCACCUAGAUGAGACAGAGGUAUCAGAAAAAGAGCGUGCGGAGGCCGAAAAGUUACUUCCCGAGGGCAUGCUGCAGGAAAUGCUGGAGAGCGAGUCCGCUGAAGCUGCUGUUGGUACGGCUAACAAGGCUCAACUCCAGAACCGGACUCCGGUGAGUGAGCGGAAACAACCAAUGGGAGAGGUGGUUCAGGGAGGCGCAAUUCACGAGACUGGUGCUGGGAGGGAAAGAGGGCAUCGAGUAACAUCGAGUGACACAAGUGGACGAGGUCCGAGUAGCGCCCCUGAACGCCGCCAGGGUUCUGCGGACGAUGGACUGGCGCAAACUGCAGUGCAGGUCCAGCGGGCCAUGUUCAGUUCGAUCAUGGCGCUUGUUCCGGAGCUUGCAGUGCAAACAAUUGAGGCCUUACAGAAGGAACUGGCGGAGGAACUGUGCAGGCGGGGGAAACGACUUCCCCCUGUAGUGCGGGACCGAACAUGA